AUGAAUUUGAGAAGCUUAAUAGAUUCACCGGUAUUAGCAGUCACUGCUACAUGUGAUGAAAAGGUGCGAAAAGACAUUUUCACAACCCUUUGCUUAAGAGAGAAUGACACAUUGACUGUCGCAGUGGUACCAGAUAGAGCAAACAUUUUUCUGGAUGUUCGUAGUUCUAAACAAGACUAUGAAACUGAUCUAGACUGGUUGUUUAAGUACAUUUUAAAAAGACAGAAAGAAGCCAUUAAAAUGAUAGUGUAUUGCAGGACUGUGAGCAAUGCUGCCAUGCUGUACAACCACAUAAAAGACUUGCUUGUUAUUAGAGGAAUUCAACAUAGCCUUGUGAACAUGUUUCAUAAAUCCAUAGUUACAUCUGAAAAAAUAUUAGAUAAUUUCAUAAACAGGGACAGUACAUUAAGGGUUUUAUUUUCUACAAUAGCCUUUGGGAUGGGGAUACAAAUUCCAGAUGUAACAGUUAUUAUUCAUUGGGUCCCAAAAUCCAUUUUAAGCUACUGGCAAGAGGUUGGGACGGCAGGGAGGGACGGCCAUCAAGCAUAUGCAAUUUGCUAUGCUUAUGGCCGUAGCAUGGAUGAAAUACGUCCGAAAGUAUGA